CGUUUCCUGAUGAUGCGUUGAUGCAUCUUGACGGCUGGAUGAAGACGUUUCUCUCGGCUGUGAAGGAAGAAGGGAGGGGGAGAGACGGCGGGGAGGAGGAAGACAGUGAAAGAGAGUCGACUGAUCGAUUAGCCCAGCCUAGUCCCGAGAGAGACUGAAGAGGAGAAACAACGUGACUGGGAUGGAGUUGGGUGUUGUGCUGUGGAUGGUUUUCACCUUAACUGGAAGCACAUCAGCAGUGCCAGUGACGGACCAGUACAGCAGAGCCGUGGAUUGGUUAAGCAGAUAUGGUUACCUUCCUCCUCCUGACCCACGAACAAGUCAGCUACAGACCAAAGAGGGGAUCGAGAAGGCCAUCCGUGUUAUGCAGAGAUUCGGAGGAGUUCCUGAAACAGGACAGCUUGAUGCUGCAACCUUCAAACUCAUGUCCACACCACGCUGCUCCCUGCCUGAUAUUGUUGGAAGUGAAGAGAUGCUGAGAAGAAGGAGGAGGAAGAGAUACGCCCUGUCAGGCCUUAAGUGGCAUAAGACAGACCUCACAUGGAGUGUCCACAAUUACCCAUCGCCCUCACUCUCCCCUGACUUGUCAAGCCAUUUGGUAGACAACAUCCUGAUUCACGCCUUCAAAGCCUGGAGCGACGCCGCCCCCUUGAUUUUCCGUCGGCUUGACGUUGACAGCAGGGGGGCGGGGCCCGGAGGGGACAUCAGAGUGUCUUUUUCCCGCUCGCUUCACAACGACGGGUACCCUUUUGACGGGCAGGGUGGCACCCUGGCCCAUGCCUUCUUCCCCACCGGGGAUGAAGUGGCUGGUGACACUCACUUUGAUGAUGAUGAGAGCUGGAGCUAUGGAGGUGACGAUGGCACUACAGACUUGUUCACAGUUGCAGUGCAUGAGUUUGGCCAUGCACUUGGCCUGUCCCAUUCUUCAGCUGAUCCGUCCAUCAUGAGGCCCUACUACCAAGGCCCUGUGGGAAGCAUCUCCAACUUCCAUCUGGCCCUGGACGACAGGCUGGCCAUCCAACAGCUUUAUGGUGUGAAGGAUGGUGGGCAACCAGGUGGUGGUAAUCCUGACCUCCCACGCCUGCCCAGUCCUCCUCCUCCCAGACCAACACAGCAUGCUGAUCCCUCGUUCAAUGAGCGCUGUCAGGGAGGUUUUGACGCUGUGGCAAACAUCCGGGGAGAGGUCUUCUUUUUUAAAGGGGCCAACUUUUGGAGGACCAAGAGGGAUGGGUCUUUGGUGUCACUCUACCCGGCCCAGAUCAGAAACUUCUGGAUGGGCCUUCCACCAGGAACAAAAAAGAUCGACGCUGUGUAUGAGAGGAGGAGUGACAGCCACAUCAUCUUCUUUAUCGGGUCUCAGUACUGGGUCUUCAAGGACACACAGGCCAUGAGAGGCUAUCCUCGGCCACUCUCUGACUGGGGCAUGAAGACGAGCAGUGGGAAGGAUGUGGACAAAGUGGAUGCAGCCUUCAUCUGGGCACACAAUGGAAAGACAUAUCUGUUCAGUGGUGGAGAGUUUUGGAGGUUUGAUGAGACCCAAAGAGGUGGGCCAAGUCCCAGGAAGCCUGACCAGAACUACCCUCGACGCAACAGCCUGUGGGCUGGAGUUCCCCCUGACAUGGAUGAUGUCAUCAGCUGGGGUGAAGGAGACGCCUACUUCUUCAAAGACAACCUUUACUGGGUGCUGAGCAAUGGAGGACUGAACCAGGGCGACAUCACUCCCAAAUCAAUUGCUGUGGAGUGGCUCAGAUGCCCUGCAACCUCCACUGCAGCCGCUCCUCGGGGGCCAAAGGAAUGCAGCUGUGACUUAAAGGCUUCAUCUUCAUUUGUAAAAAGCAGCUGGCCCCUCCUGCUCUCUGUUGUAUGUAUAGCUAAUAUGUUUAUUUAAGAAUAGCAACCUUAAAUGGAUCAAAAACCGAGUGUCUUCAGGUUUUUAUUGUUUAUUUUUUUACUAGCUCCUUAAUCCCUUGGAGAGUAGUAAAAGCUCUUUACACCAUCAUCCACACAGAGUACAUUACAACCUGCCCACUGGUUUCAAAUUACAAAGUAGUGACAUGAAAGCAUAUAUAUUAAAUCUCCUCCUUAUGCUUUAACAAAAGGCCAGUGCUAAUGUAAAUCCCUUGCCUUAUCAGAACGUAUCGCUGACUUGUUAAAGCAGUGCAUUUUGCAUCCUCCAACCCUCCUGCUAUGGGAUUACAGUUCUUCUUUAGUGGGUUAGAUUACAUGGAGGGUGUGUAGGAUAAUGCAUGGAAAUACUAUACAGAAACCCAGCACUCAGGCCACUCCCACACUAUGAGGUCUUACAAAACAAACCUUUAUUGCGAUUGUGAAACUGGUGACACAAACAUAAUUAAUAGCAAUAGUCCACUUCUACAUCAAAGCUAUAAUUGCUGUGCCUCUACAAACAAAAAAUUUCUUUAUCACAUCUUAAUAUUUUGUAUAUUUUAGCUUUUGUACAUGUGAUUAGUGGAUCGACUUUAUAUCACGUUGUUAAGAAAAAGAACGUUGCUUGAUUGUUAUUUUAUGCUGUUCUUGUUAUUGCUUUGUACUUCUUAUGGCUCACAUGCUCUGGUGCGUUUCAGUUCAGUCAAGAGAAAUUAUCCAGAUCAUCAACAUGGCAUGCUUUCAAAUUCUAGUGUCAAAAUUCAGCAGAGGUAAACUGAGGAAAAGAGGUAUGAAAACAGAAUUAGGGCUGAGUGCUUCUGUGUUGCCGCUGGUGUACGUGCAGAAGAGAUAAUGAACAGAGGUGGAACAGGUUUGUUGCCGGCUGAUGAUAUCAGGUCACUUUAAUUAGGUGUUGUUUUGCUAAUAGAGACUAACUAAAGCUACACCAGUACCUCACACAUAUGUAUUGGAUUUUUUAAAUGAAUAAAACAUUGAAAAGUAAACUAAUUCUGAUUGUAAAUAUAAUAAAGAUGGCACAUCUAGAACAAAAUCGUGAAAAUAUAUAAAUAAAAUUAAAUACACACAUGCACACAAGACCAAUAUGCGUGAUCUAAACUGAUGUCUUUUGCAAUCAAUGUUAAAGUUGCAGUAAUCCAUUUAUAACAAAAAUAAAAUUAUAGCAAACAAAGAGAAAACUAAACAGAACACAUCUCACCCACCCCACUUUCCAGUAUAGCUCUCUAUUUCCUUUCAUUCAUUUACAUGUUCUUGCCUGUUUAUACUCUCACAUAAGUUAACUUGGUCUAGGAAGAGCCAUGGUUCCAAAACCAUCUUGAUCUAGAGAUCUUGGUAAAGAGAUCCCAGAUGUUAUUAAAGGUUUCCGGUUUUCUCCUGACAUUAUAUAGGAUCUUUUUGGGAGUGCAGUAAGAUGCCAAUUCAUUUAUCCAAUGCCUUGUUGAUGGAGAGUCUCUAGUUUUUCACUUGGGGUGAAUGCAUUUCUUCGUUGCAACAAGCGAGUAAUAUGAAAUAUUUCUUUGAACUAAAUGUCUUAACAGAACUCAGGUCUCCCAGUAUCCAUAGUUUAGGGUCUUGCUUGAUACUGCAGUUAAUUAUCUUUAAAGUUAGUGCUUUGGUAUUUUUCCAGAAAGCUUCUAUCACAGGACAACUCCAAAACAUGUGGAAGAGAUCUCCUUGAACAAUUUUACAUCUUUGACACAUAGGAGAUAUGCUGUUAUUAGUUUUAUGUAGUCUGUAGAGGGAUAAUAUGUUCUGUUAAGUAUGUUGAACUGUAUUUGUCUAUGAUUUUUAAUGGGCAAAUUUGAGGACUUACCCUCUUUGGUGCCCUUUUAAUGGACAAAUUUGCCAAAUUGCCCUCUUUUACAUGUCUAAUGGUGGAGAAAAAUAUAAAGUUUUGUAAUUUUCAUUUUAUCAAGUUAAUAUUUAAAUUUAUUUAAAGUGUGUAACAACUAUGUGCACAUUAAUUUCAGUCUGUCUAAUAACCAGAUAAAAACUCCUCACAGGAGUUUUGAAUCAGGGAAAAGCACAGGAUGACAUGGCCAAGGUUCCUCUUGGAGCAUUUAGACUCAGUUUACACCUGUCGUUAAAAUACGGUGUUCAUUUAAAAAUACAGACAUUUGGUGACACUGGAAGACUCAAAAACACAAACUGUCAUCCACCUUUGCAUUAAACUUCUGCCAGACUAGUCAGACUAAGGAGAUGUGCUUUCAGUGACAAUAAGAAAAUCCCAGAAACAGAGGAGUACACUUAAAAGAUCAGAUCUCUUCCAUUUGUAAAUAGGAAAUGUUAAAGCUUUCUUUAUAUGUAGCUCUCCUAUACCUACAUGCACAAUUACAAUAAUACAAUAAAUUCUUUUGGAUAUUUUAUAUUAUCAUUUGAAUUUGCAGAUGUGUUGUUCUUAAGCCAUGUUCUGUAAUUAUAAUGCAGUAAACCAUUGUGUGCUUAAAUCAAUGAGGAUUUUGGAUUUUUACUCAACUGUAGCGUCUCUCUGAGUAAAAGUCAAAUGUAAUGACUCUGAAAGUUUGUUCCAUAUGUUGUGUUGAAGCAGAAAAGAUUUAAAUAACCAUUUGAUAAAACUGCUUUUAAAUUG